UGACAAGUUCGGUGAAGUCGAAGGCGAAGUCAUAGCAACCUUAGGCAGGCAGGCAGGCAGGCAGGUAGGCAGGCAUGGAGAAGAACGCUGAUAUGGAGAUAGAGGUAAGAUUAGCAGGGGAGGGGAAGGAAUGUGAGGAGGCAACGGAUUGUGCAGAAGGAAGGCGAUCGGAAGAACGUUUGAAGAGAAACAGGAGGGAUAAUGAUAGUGCAGCAUUGGGAUGGCGCUCUGCACAAAGCGUAGCGUCCACGAAGAGAGCAACUGGAGAAGGCUCCAUUGGGAGAACAUCACCUACUUCAUCUUCCGGGGGCGACUUGUGUAUCACUGACAAUGGGAAUGUACAUAGUGAGCGUGAAGAGCACGGACAGGGGGGUGGUGGUAAUGGUAGCCAUGAGGAUGCUGAAGACGAUGAUGAUGGUGGUGACGAUUGGGAAUCCACUCCUGCAACUGGAGCUUUGGCAAGUCAGUCAAAAUGGGCCGAUAUUCCAGGUGAACUGUUGAUGAGGAUCAUGAACCAUGUAGAUCAUCGUACGCUGUUGAUUGCCUCUGGAGUUUGCACCGGUUGGAGAGAUUCACUCUCUGCUGGCAUCCUCGAGUUCUCUUUUUCUUGGUGUAAGGACGAGGUGGUUGGCAAGCUCAUUAGAUCAAUUGCGCACAAACUCCAAAACCUCGAAUGCUUAGACAUGCGUCGGUGUCCGUCUGUUAACGACAGUUCGAUUGAGGCUGUUGCACAGUACUGCUCUGAGCUUCGUGUGUUGGAUCUCUCUGGUGCGAAAUUCACUGAUAAAGCUCUGUUUGCGUUAGCCAAUGGAUGCCCGCAUCUGACUCUCCUGGAUGUCAGUGGGUGCCUGAACAUCGGUGAGGAUGGUGUUAUAGCGCUGGCAAUGGGAUGCAGGGGCCUCGUCUCUCUCAAUCUCUGUGGCUGUGAGCGAGGGGGUACUGACAAAUCCUUAAAGGCGAUUGGCGCUUACUGCCGGAAUCUUCAGUCUCUAAACUUGGGCUGGUGCGAACGCAUUACCGACAUAGGAGCGCAAGCAUUGGCGGAAGGCUGCCCAGAUCUGCAGAACCUGGACUUGUGUGGUUGCUUGCAUAUUACAGAUCUGAGUGUGACAGCACUUGCAGAGAAGUGUCCCCGGCUACGAGCUUUGGGGCUCCACUGCUGCCGUAACAUCACCGACGUUUCGAUAAAUGCACUUGUGAAUAGCAACGUGGCGCGGAUGCGGUUGGCGCACUCAGCGAGUUUGAUGAGACGCAGGUUUAUCCGCCAGUGCAGCUUCGGACAUACUGGUCUGCACAGCAGUGGUGGUCCCCAAAGCCCGCGAUGGGCCGCUGGCACGUCUUCGUCCACACGAGCUAUUGAAGGCGGCGGUGGCAGUGAUGUGGGCAACUGGGCGCAUUCAGGUCUCACUUCGUCCUCCUUUCCACCUGGAGGAUCGCAGUGUCCAAGGCAUAAUGGCUAUGGAGAACGGGCGGGGUCGCAGGGCAGAGAUAGUCCUACAGAGGAUGUAGCAGACACGGAUGCAGAAGCCUUCGGUCUUGUCUCUCUCAACCUGAGUGGGUGUAUAUCUCUGCAUGCUUCUGCAGUCCAGAAACUGUGUGAUGUGUUCCCCGCACUCCAUACGUGCGAAAAACGGUCACUGAACGUCAGCGGAUGCUUGAGCCUCACUAACGUGCACUGCCGAUGCGUCUCCGAUGUCCGCCGAUCUCGUGGUCGGGGCUUUACCAGACUCUUUGCGAGGACGGGAAAUCGCCCACUGUAGAGGAACGUGUUUGCUGUGCCAGUCGUAAAUGGUGAAGAAAGAAAGAAUUCCGUGCAGUUCUGCUCCCUUCAUAUGGCUCCUUGAUCAGCGGACGUCGUGAAGGCAGGUAGGGGUUGGGCAGAAUCCUCUCCCGCAAACGUCCUAACUAGUCUGCAUCUGUGAAGACGUCGUCUGUGAGGCCGGGAUAUCGCCCUCUGUAGAGGAACGUGGUGCUGCAAGCCGUAAAUGACGAAGAUUCCCAAAGAAAGAAAGAAUUGCACGCAGUUCUGCUCCCUUGAUAUCGCUCCUUAAUCUGCGGAGGUCGUGGAGGCAGGGGUUGGCCAGAAUCCUCUCCCGCCGACGUCCUAACUAGUCUGCAUCUGUUAAGAAGUUGUCUGCCACAAGAUAACGGUCGUGGGAACCAUGGGGAAGGAGGGGAGACAUCGGCCGGUCGCGUGUGUGGGUGUCGUCAUGGACGGCACUUUGGCAGUCCAGUACUUUCUCGCCAAUUGCGUGCUUCGCAGAAGCUGUUGCCUGUAACCGGGGGAGAAUCAGCCAUCUUCUUCUUCUUCAGACCAAUCUUUCCGACAUUAACAUACCCGACAAGAGGUACCAGUUUCCGCAACUUUGAAGAGGGGGUCAGGCCUCAGAACACGGCUGCUUUCCCUCCCCUCCCACAGGAGGAAACCCCUCAUCGACAGAUGUUGGAUGCUACCGUCUUUCCCAGAAUAGAACGUACGGUCAUUAUAGCGGUAUUUAGCUCUCACCUUAGAUUCCAGAUGCAGCCGAAAUGACUGUACGUUCUAUUCGGGGAAAGAAGGUAGUCUCUACGGGAAGUGAACAGGCUGUUGAAAGGCAGCAGGAGAGUAGACGAGGAACCAUUGAAUCUGUUUUGGAAAACUGGCGGCGAACCUCUCCGUAAUGUUGUAUGUUUCUAUCCCUGCGCCUUCCCCACAUGCUGGAAAAAGUGAAAGGAAACAGGGCGGAAGCAGGCCAUGAUAACAUAGGCGCAGAGUAUAGUUGCGUUACGCAUGCAGACGGGAAGACCGCAUCAACCACAUACUGGAAAAAGUGAAAGGAAACGGGGCGGAAGCAGGCCAUGAUAACAUAGGCGCAGAGUAUAGUUGCGCUACGAAUGCAGACGGGAAGAGACCACAUCAAGUAGCUCAAAAUUUUGCUGAUCGGCUUCUCCUAGGAUGGCAAUGCUCAGAGAGAGAGAGAGAGAGACAGACAGACAGACAGACAGAGAGGCAGAGAGACAGACAGACAGAGACAGGCCGACAGACAGACAGGCAGACAGAGCGCAUACGACUGUGGGGCGUGAGAGUACGUGCAUGGUAGCAGAGAGGACAAACCUCAGAGAGAGAGAGAGAGAGAGCGUAUGAACAUAAGUGUGGACAUUGUUCGGAUCGGGAUCUCAAAAGAUGAAUGUAGACAAUGGAGGAUCAGUGGGCUAACUGUAAUCGACAGCCGUCAUUGGGAUCCCAAUGAUGGCCAUCGCGCAACGGAGGUGCCGCAGCAAAGGGGAAGAUCAUGGGCGAAGAAAAUAUAGUGGUGACUCUGUUUUCUUUGCAGCGACCAAACAAUGAGAAGACGCAACCUGUCUGAGAGCGCAGGCGCUGCAGCGAAGGGGAAGAUGCGGAGGAUCUGCUGAAUUGAUGAGACAAUGAGGUUCAAUGAGGGAAUCUGCUGACCAGCAAGAAUCACGACAACCACUGCCACAGCUGGUUCUGCCAAGCAUCUGCGUAUAUGGUGAUGAAGGCAUGGCGACAAUCAAGGGUGGAACCGGAA